AUGCGGUCAUCCUACUUCAAUUUCCUGCCUGCGCUCUCCUCCCUAUUCUCCCUCUCCGCGGCCAUCUCCUCAUCCUCUCAACCACAGUCAGCCGAGAUCCUAUGCUGGCCUGUAGCUUCUCCCGAACCGUCCGUCCUGGCUCACGUCUCCUACGAUUCGACCACCUUGCAACCGGAGUUCACCUUUUCAUCAACAAAUAUAGCCGCAGCGUGCGGUGACAACGAACCGCAGGAUGUAUCCAAUGACUUGAUCCGCCUGGGCUUGUACACCUCGACGUCUACCAACACCAAACAAUGGGUAGGGACUCUCGCCUCACGGUCCUCCCUCAUUGGGAGCGAGAACGACAGGCCAACGCUUCGGCUUCACGUCGGCCCAUCCAACAAUAUCUACUACGUUGACUUGCUGCCGUCCAUCUCAUCAACUUCUUCUUCUACGCCAGUAAGCCCAAAGUUGGAGCUGUUAUCUAGUCAAGCGGGUCCACGCCCACAUCUCAAUCAGCCUAUUGUGCUUGGUCCGGAUGGCAAGAAUGCGGAGGAAGUCGUCGAGAAAACCAUUUUCCAAAAAUACUGGUGGGUUUUCCUCAUUGUCACCUUCUUGGCUAUGUCUGGCGGUGGGGAAAGCCAGUAG